AUGUCCUACGACCACAACGACUUCACCCACUCCGACGACGAUUUCAUCCAGGAUCUCGUCGCCGCCGGCUUCAUCUUGGCAGAACGUGAUGAGUCGCUCCAGCAAGGCGGGGAAGACCCCCAGAGCUCCUCGCAUGCGAGAGAGGACGCGAGCCAGGUGAGCUGUUACACGCAGCCGAUAGCUUCUCAGAUACUCAUCAUCCUGCGGGGCAACUACGACCAACCCUCACACGUCUUCCAGCUUCGAAUAAGCACUCCCGCCCCUACCCCCACCCUCCCGGCACACUCCUCGCCCGCCACGCCACCCGCUACGGUGGCUUCGUUCGCUUCGACGGCGCCCCUCUGCGACGCCUCACCAGUCCCUGUGGCCCCAGGCCAGCUCCCUGAUCUGCCUCCAUCUCCCGCCUCCACCCCCGCUAAUGACGACGAUGAAGACGACAAGGAGAAUUCCGCUGCGCCUCUCCCGUCCGGUCCUCAAGCCCUUCGUUCCGACAAGGGCAAGGGCAAGGAAGUGGCUGCAUCACCGUCUCCCCUCCCGACCCCACCCGCAAGGCCCGCCAAACGUUGCCGGGCGGACCACGCUGGUGGCUCGAACGCGGAUCAGAUGGUCUCCCGUAAGAGGGCCCGAAAGGGAACGGACAGGCCCGCUCCCACUCCUCCUGAGCCCGAGGCUCUCGACGAAGACACGGGGAAACCAUGUCCCUACCUGGUCUCUCGGCACUCGCAGCUCACCUGUGGCGUGCGCGGCUGCAGUGAAGUCCUCAAGGUCUCGGGGCUCUCUGCCGCUCGCGCCCACUUCCGGGAACACUUUGCUGGUGAUUCAUCGCCAAGCCUCGGUACUCCGGGUCCCAGCCGACCCAGGAAGACCACAGUCGCUCAAUACCCCGACUACGGCACCGAGGUGAAGUGCCCAUGGGGUGGCUGCCACGACCACUUCACUCUGGAGCACAUGCAGCUCAACCGGCACUUGGAGGAGGAUCAUUUCGGGAUUCGGUAUGAGUGCCCGCAUUGUGGCCAGGAGUUCAUGCGUCAGACCUAUCUGACGACGAAUCAUAUGAAGAAAUGUGGCAAAUCGUCCCGCCGCAAGGGAAAGGGUCGCAAGGGAAAGAGUCGCAAGGGAAAGGGUCGCGACUCGCGAGCGCUACCCCGAGGUCGCACCCUCGUCCUUUCCUCUUCCCCCCGUCGACGACCUGUCGCUAUCAUCCCCAACAUCUACUCACCUAACAUCUACCCGUCCUACAUCUACCCAUCCUACAUCCACCCAUCCAACAUGAGCACCACCACUGUCGUCGCGGCUCAGAACCCCCCACUGAGGCCGAUCCUCUUGCACCCCGCACCCACUGCCGACACGACCGCCCCCGCCACCAGCGCGACUUCCCCGGCCAACACAACCCGGGUGACCAUCGCGGACCCGGGGCCUGCGCAACUCCCCACCACCCCGCGCCGCGUCAGCCCCCGGACUGCUAGUCCUCCUCCGGCACCGACCACCACCACCACCACCACCACCGGCCCCGAGCGACGAGCACGUCGCGCAAGCCAAGCAGAGCGGGCCGCACAACGCCUCACCCCAAACGGGGCUCUUCGUCCGGGAGCGCGUCCGCGUCGCCGCCGCCGCCGGCCUAACCAAGACCCCAACGCGGAGAACGUCGCGGCCCUCGCAGGGGCUGUCCGGGAGGCCGAGGAGCGUGCUAGUGCGCACGCUGACUUUUUGUACGCCGUGUACAGCGGCGACCCGCACGUGUGGUCGCCAUCGUCCUACCCUGCGAACUGGGCCGGGUCUGACGACCGGGUCCGACUCGCUGAGAGGCAGGUGUGA